AUGUCCACAAAGCCCGUCGCAGAAAUUGGCCUGGAUUUGGUGCGUGAACUACGAAGAAACUGCGACAUCAUCCCCAGCUAUGAGGGCGAAAAAGUCCGGGAUUGCCUGAACGGCAUCAAUGCACUCUACAGCGAGACGUACGAGCAGCUACAGCGCCUGAACAAUGAGCUCUCGGGAUCCGAUGCACAAAAUGUCACCAUCGAGACGACCGUCCGCUCGAAGGCCAUACAAUUCGCGUAUCGAUGCCUCCUCGCCUACCAUCACGAACGGAUCCGCCGAAUCAAAGCCCUGCGAUGGAAAUUCGGCGGCAAUAUCCCAUCCCGAAUCAAGUCGAACCUCAACGAAAGCGAGCUCGAAUUCUUCAACAGCUACUGCCAAAACCUCGCCGACUUCCAGAGCUCAUUCGGCGGCUCGGGAAUGAACCUGUUGGCUUGUACGCGACCGCCCGAGGAUCUGUAUGUACAAGUGAAGGUGCUGCAGGAUUAUGGAGACUUCGAAACGACGGAUGGGACAACGAUCACCCUCACCACAAACUCUAUUCACAAUUUGCUACAGCAGGACUGUGAGAUGCUGAUUCGACAGGGAGUACUUGAACGAAUUAUA